AAACUUCCUCUCUCAUUUUCUUUAUAAACACACCUCCCUCUGCCCUUAAAAAGUCAGCGCUCUCUUUUGUCUCCUCUGCUUUUAUCUUCUCUCCUCACAGAUUCUCAGAAGAAAAGCUUUUGUCUCCUCUGAGAAACCAAGUCAAAUGGCCGACGAUUGGGAUCUCCACGCCGUAGUCAGAGGCUGCUCAGCCGUGAGCUCCUCAGCAACCACCACAGCCACAGUCUUCUCAAGCAACGUUUCAUCUCACACGAGCCCUGUAUUCACCUUCGAACCAAGAAGCAACACCGUCGUCUUCGGAGAGACUCGAGAUCUCUACACGCCGUUCACGCAAGAAUCAAACACCUCGUCGUUUUCUUGUCUGAAUUACCCAGAAGAGCCCAGACAGAGACAAAACCAGAAACGUCCCCUUUCUCUCUCUGCUUCUUCCGGCAGCGUCACUAGCAAACCCACCGGCUCCAAUACCUCUAGAUCUAAAAGAAGAAAGAUACAGCAUAAGAAAGUGUGCCAUGUAGCAGCAGAAGCUUUAAACAACGAUGUCUGGGCGUGGCGAAAGUACGGACAAAAACCCAUCAAAGGCUCACCCUAUCCAAGAGGAUAUUACAGAUGCAGUACAUCGAAAGGAUGUUUAGCCCGUAAACAAGUGGAGCGAAACAGAUCCGACCCGACGAUGUUCAUCGUCACUUACACGGCGGAGCACAAUCACCCAGCUCCUACUCACCGUAACUCUCUCGCCGGAAGCACCCGUCAGAAAACCUCCCAUCAGCCGACGACUAAGUCUCCGACGACCACGAUCGCUGCCUACUCGACGUCUCCGGUGACGUCGUCAGCAGAUGAUUUUGUCAUGCCUGAGGUCAGAGACGAGGAUCUGUUGUCUUUGUCGGAUACGGUGGUGAGUGAGGAUUUUUUCGAGGGAUUGGAGGAAUUCGCCGUGGGAGAUAGCUUUUCCGGGAACUCUGCUCCGGCGAGUUUCGAUCUUUCGUGGGUUGUGAACAGUGCUGCCACAGCUAGCGGCGGGAUAUGAUUCGCCGGAGAUUAGAGUGAGGUGUAGAAAGAAAGAAUACUUCUUUUAGGAAGGAUAUAGGAUUAAGGAAUUAUUCUCGGAUUAUAUGUAAAAAUAGAAAAAAUGUUCUUUGUUGCUUUUUUUCUUCUUGUUUCUUAAUAAUUUUAGAAAAUUUUAAUUGUAUAUUCUUUAAGCCCAAUAUUCG